AUGAACAACAGUCAGAUUAUGCAAAAGCUUAAGAACGUCACCUUGAACAAUAGUCAGACUAUACAAGAACUUAAGAAUGAGUUCAUGGAUUCAAAACAAUUCACGCAUCAAGCUAUUGCUAAGAUAGAAGGGCAAAUUGGCCAACUAGCCAAUCAAAUGGGGGAAAGAGAAAUUGGGAAAUUUCCAAGUCAACCAAUGUCUAACCCAAAAGGGCAAUUUGCUAUUGGGAGUACAUCCGGUCCUUCUCAUGGGCAAGAGCAUGUGCAAGCCAUCACAACUUUGAGGUCAGGAAGGCGAGUGGAUAAUCAAGUGGCCAUGCCAGAAGAAGUCACUAAGGCAACAAAAGAGGAGGAAAGCCAGGACAAGCUUGAUAGAGAUCUUGGACCAGACACUAUCUUUCCAAUUGCUAAGGAGAUUCCCCAGAAGUUUGUUCCUAAAGCUCCGUUUCCAGAAAGAUUGGCAACUCCCAAGAAAGGCUCAAAGUUUGAUGACAUUUUGGAAGUAUUUAAACACGUGCAGAUCAACAUUCCUUUCCUCGAUGCCAUUCAGCAAGUGUCGUCGUAUGCUAAAUUUUUGAAGGAUUUGGUAACCAUUAAGAGAAGGACAAAUGUUCCCAAGAAAGCCUUCCUAACUGAGCAGGUCAGUUCUAUUCUUCAGUGUAAUAUCCCUGUCAAGUACAAAGACCCUGGCUAUCCUACAAUUGCAUGCAUGAUAGGUGACAGCAAAGUUGAAAGAGCUCUGUUAGAUUUGGGGGCCAGUGUGAAUCUGUUGCCAUAUUCAGUUUAUGUCCAAUUGGGAUUGGGUGAGCUAAAACCCACUUUAGUGACACUUCAGUUGGCCGACAGAUCUGUGAAAGUCCCAAGGGGAAUCAUUGAAGAUGUUCUGAUCAAAGUUGAUAAGUUCUACUACCCUGUGGACUUUAUCGUUUUAGACACAGAACCGGUUAUGAAUGUGGAGAUUUAG